GCUCCCCUUUGACCCUUCGCUCGCGUGCUACACAUCCGGGCCUCUGGUACUAGUGAGAGGAAGAUGGCGACCGCGGCUGUGGUGGUUCCCGCAGAGUGGAUAAAGAACUGGGAGAAAUCAGGGAGAGGCGAAUUUUUGCAUUUAUGUCGGAUCCUCAGUGAAAAUAAAAGCCAUGAUAGUUCAACGUACAGAGAUUUCCAGCAAGCUCUCUAUGAGUUGUCAUAUCAUGUAAUUAAAGGAAAUCUAAAGCAUGAACAGGCAUCUAAUGUUCUUAGUGACAUUAGUGAAUUUCGUGAGGAUAUGCCCUCCAUUCUUGCUGAUGUAUUCUGCAUAUUAGAUAUUGAGACAAAUUGUUUAGAAGAAAAAAGCAAGAGAGACUAUUUUACACAGUUGGUAUUAGCAUGUUUGUAUUUAGUUUCAGACACAGUUCUAAAGGAACGCCUGGAUCCAGAAACACUGGAAUCAUUAGGGCUUAUCAAACAAUCACAGCAAUUCAAUCAAAAGUCAGUUAAAAUCAAGACAAAACUCUUUUAUAAGCAGCAAAAAUUCAAUUUGUUAAGAGAAGAGAAUGAAGGUUAUGCCAAGCUGAUUGCUGAAUUGGGGCAAGAUUUAUCUGGAAGUAUUACUAGUGAUUUAAUCUUAGAAAAUAUCAAAUCUUUAAUAGGAUGCUUUAAUCUGGAUCCCAAUAGAGUUUUGGAUGUCAUUUUAGAAGUGUUUGAAUGCAGGCCAGAACACGAUGACUUCUUUAUAUCUUUGUUAGAAUCUUACAUGAGUAUGUGUGAACCGCAAACACUGUGUCAUAUUCUUGGGUUCAAAUUCAAGUUUUACCAGGAACCAAAUGGCGAGACACCAUCAUCUUUAUACAGAGUUGCAGCAGUACUUCUACAAUUUAAUCUUAUUGAUUUAGAUGAUCUUUAUGUACAUCUUCUUCCAGCUGAUAAUUGCAUUAUGGAUGAACACAAACGAGAAAUUGCGGAAGCUAAGCAAAUUGUUAGAAAGCUUACGAUGGUUGUGUUGUCUUCUGAAAAAAUGGAUGAGCGAGAGAAAGAAAAGGAAAAAGAAGAGGAGAAGGUAGAGAAGCCACCUGAUAACCAAAAACUUGGCUUGUUGGAAGCCUUAUUAAAGAUUGGUGAUUGGCAACAUGCACAGAACAUUAUGGAUCAGAUGCCUCCAUACUAUGCAGCUUCACACAAGCUAAUAGCCCUUGCUAUUUGCAAGCUCAUUCAUAUAACUAUUGAGCCUCUCUACCGAAGAGUUGGCGUUCCUAAAGGUGCUAAAGGCUCACCUGUUAAUGCUUUGCAAAACAAGAGGGCACCAAAACAAGCUGAGAGCUUUGAAGAUUUGAGGAGAGACGUGUUCAAUAUGUUCUGUUACCUUGGUCCUCACCUUUCUCACGAUCCCAUUUUAUUUGCAAAAGUGGUGCGCAUAGGCAAGUCAUUUAUGAAGGAGUUUCAGUCUGAUGGAAGCAAACAAGAAGAUAAAGAAAAAACGGAAGUUAUCCUUAGCUGUUUGCUUAGCAUUACUGACCAGGUACUACUUCCAUCUCUUUCUUUGAUGGACUGCAAUGCUUGUAUGUCUGAGGAACUGUGGGGAAUGUUUAAAACAUUUCCAUAUCAGCAUAGAUAUCGUCUGUAUGGCCAGUGGAAGAAUGAAACUUAUAACAGUCACCCACUUUUAGUAAAAGUUAAAGCUCAAACAAUAGACAGAGCCAAAUAUAUCAUGAAGGUGAUGGAGGCAGAAGGGAAUGGAAUGAAAAACAGAGAGAGGAGGGGUUGGCCUUGGCGCCUAACCAAGGAAAAUGUGAAGCCUUCUGGAAGACAAAUUGGGAAGUUGAGCCACAGCAAUCCAACCAUUUUGUUUGAUUAUGUAUGUUUUGAGAUCUUGUCACAAAUACAGAAGUAUGAUAACUUAAUAACACCUGUAGUAGAUUCAUUGAAAUACCUCACAUCAUUGAAUUAUGAUGUCUUGGCCUAUUGUAUCAUUGAAGCUUUAGCUAAUCCAGAAAAGGAAAGAAUGAAACAUGAUGACACAACCAUCUCAAGCUGGCUUCAGAGUCUGGCUAGUUUCUGUGGUGCAGUUUUUCGUAAAUAUCCAAUUGAUCUUGCUGGUCUUCUUCAGUAUGUUGCCAAUCAGCUAAAGGCGGGCAAAAGUUUUGACCUGCUUAUAUUGAAAGAAGUGGUACAAAAAAUGGCAGGAAUAGAAAUUACAGAGGAAAUGACAAUGGAGCAACUAGAGGCUAUGACUGGUGGAGAGCAGCUAAAAGCUGAGGGUGGUUAUUUUGGUCAGAUCAGAAACACUAAAAAAUCCUCUCAGAGAUUAAAGGAUGCUCUAUUGGACCAUGAUCUUGCCCUUCCUCUCUGUCUGCUUAUGGCUCAGCAGAGAAAUGGGGUAAUCUUUCAGGAAGGUGGAGAGAAACAUUUGAAACUUGUGGGAAAGCUCUAUGACCAGUGUCAUGAUACCCUGGUGCAGUUUGGUGGGUUUUUAGCAUCUAAUCUGAGCACAGAAGAUUAUAUAAAGCGAGUGCCUUCAAUUGAUGUACUCUGUAAUGAAUUUCAUACACCCCAUGAUGCAGCAUUUUUCCUGUCUAGGCCAAUGUAUGCCCAUCAUAUUUCGUCAAAGUAUGAUGAACUUAAAAAAUCAGAAAAGGGAAGUAAACAGCAACAUAAAGUUCAUAAGUACAUUACAUCAUGUGAGAUGGUGAUGGCGCCUGUCCAUGAAGCAGUGGUCUCCUUACAUGUUUCCAAAGUCUGGGAUGACAUCAGCCCUCAAUUCUAUGCUACAUUCUGGUCAUUGACAAUGUAUGACCUUGCAGUUCCACACACCAGCUAUGAACGAGAAGUCAAUAAACUUAAAGUCCAGAUGAAAGCAAUUGAUGACAAUCAGGAAAUGCCCCCAAAUAAAAAGAAAAAAGAGAAAGAGCGCUGUACUGCCCUUCAGGACAAGCUUCUUGAAGAAGAAAAGAAACAGAUGGAACAUGUACAGAGAGUUCUACAGAGAUUGAAACUGGAAAAGGACAACUGGCUUUUAGCAAAAUCUACCAAAAAUGAAACCAUCACAAAAUUUCUACAGCUGUGUAUAUUUCCUCGAUGUAUUUUUUCAGCAAUUGAUGCUGUUUACUGUGCUCGUUUUGUUGAAUUGGUACAUCAACAGAAAACUCCAAAUUUUUCCACACUUCUUUGCUAUGAUCGAGUUUUCUCUGACAUAAUUUACACAGUUGCAAGCUGUACUGAAAAUGAAGCCAGUCGAUAUGGAAGGUUUCUUUGCUGCAUGUUAGAGACUGUGACCAGGUGGCAUAGUGAUAGAGCCACAUAUGAAAAGGAAUGUGGAAACUAUCCAGGAUUCCUUACCAUAUUACGGGCAACUGGAUUUGAUGGUGGAAAUAAGGCUGAUCAAUUAGACUAUGAAAAUUUUCGACAUGUUGUACAUAAAUGGCAUUACAAACUAACCAAGGCAUCGGUACAUUGCCUUGAAACAGGCGAAUAUACUCAUAUCAGGAAUAUCUUGAUUGUGCUAACAAAAAUACUUCCUUGGUACCCAAAAGUUUUGAAUCUGGGUCAGGCUUUGGAAAGAAGAGUACACAAAAUCUGCCAAGAAGAAAAAGAGAAGAGGCCAGAUCUAUAUGCGUUGGCUAUGGGUGUUGAAGUUUAUCUUCUGCCUUCAGGAGAUUAUGGGAGAUUAUGCGAUCAUGUUCCCACAGGCUGCUACUCUGGGCAGUUGAAAAGUAGAAAGUCAUACAUGAUACCUGAAAAUGAGUUUCAUCACAAAGACCCCCCUCCGAGGAAUGCAGUUGCCAGUGUGCAAAAUGGGCCUGGUGGUGGGCCUUCUUCAUCCUCAAUAGGAAGUGCAUCUAAAUCGGAUGAAAGCAGUGCUGAGGAGACUGAUAAAUCAAGGGAGAGAUCUCAGUGUGGUGUGAAAGCUGUUAAUAAAGCUUCUAGUACCACACCUAAAGGGAAUUCAAGCAAUGGAAAUAGUGGCUCUAACAGCAACAAAGCUGUUAAAGAAAAUGACAAAGAAAAAGGGAAAGAGAAAGAAAAAGAGAAAAAAGAAAAGACUCCAGCUACUACUCCAGAGGCCAGGGUACUUGGUAAAGAUGGUAAAGAAAAACCAAAGGAAGAGCGGCCAAAUAAAGAUGAAAAAGCAAGAGAGACCAAGGAAAGAACACCGAAGUCUGACAAAGAGAAAGAAAAAUUCAAGAAGGAAGAAAAAGCUAAAGAUGAGAAAUUUAAGACCACUGUCCCCAACGCAGAAUCAAAAUCAACUCAAGAAAGGGAAAGAGAGAAGGAGCCAUCCAGAGAAAGAGAUAUAGCAAAGGAAAUGAAAUCAAAGGAAAAUGUUAAAGGAGGAGAAAAAACGCCAGUUUCUGGGUCCUUGAAAUCACCUGUUCCCCGAUCAGAUAUUCCAGAGCCUGAAAGGGAACAAAAACGCCGCAAAAUUGAUACCCACCCUUCUCCAUCACAUUCCUCCACAGUAAAGGUUACAGCCAUACUUCCCAAAGUUCCUCUGGGUUCUGAGAACUAUGCCAGCUCACCUGUCAUCUCCAUUCAUUUUCUACAGGACAGUCUCAUCGAACUCAAGGAAUCUUCAGCAAAGCUCUACAUUAAUCAUACUCCUCCACCACUGUCCAAGAGUAAGGAGAGAGAAAUGGACAAGAAAGAUUUGGACAAGUCAAGGGAAAGAUCCAGAGAAAGAGAGAAAAAAGAUGAAAAGGACAGGAAAGAGCGGAAAAGGGAUCACUCAAACAACGACCGUGAAGUGCCACCGGACUUAACCAAGAGACGUAAAGAGGAGAAUGGAACAAUGGGGGUUUCAAAACAUAAAAGUGAAAGUCCUUGUGAAUCUCCUUAUCCAAAUGAGAAAGACAAGGAAAAAAAUAAGUCAAAAUCUUCAGGCAAAGAAAAAGGCAGUGAUUCAUUUAAAUCUGAGAAGAUGGAUAAAAUCUCCUCCGGUGGCAAAAAGGAGUCCAGGCAUGAUAAAGAAAAGAUAGAAAAGAAAGAGAAACGGGACAGUUCAGGAGGAAAGGAAGAGAAGAAACAUCAUAAGUCCUCGGACAAGCACAGAUAAUGAAGACUUUCCAUCAAGGCUAUGGACAGACCCCCUAAGCUGAAAGUCUCCCAGAGGAGGAUGCCAAAGCUCCAUGCGGCACUCUCAGAACGAUAUCUCCCAUAAUUAAGAGCUUCUGUUGCUGUCCAUUUAAUGGGAAUCUGCUUUAAGUCAGAAGAUGAAUACACACCACCAUCCUCUUGACGAGACAUUCCAAAGUCACUGAUUUUCAAUUUUCAGGACAUUAUUUUCCCCUCCAGGCAGUUUCUUACAGCAAGGUCCCUGUGUAUACAUUUUUUACUCGAGAUACGCCAUCCAGAAUCAGCAUCUAAUGAAAAUUUCACUAACUGAGUUUUAGUUCAUUCUUCUUUCUCAGAAAGGAGAGGAAAUCGCCUCCUGGAACCAGUUCCUUAAUGACGUAGAUAGGCCGUCUUUGUGUGCGAACUCCUAUACGUUUGACAGUACUGGGAUGAUUAUAUUGCUUGAGGAUUUUGGCUUCUAGUAAAAAUUUUAAUUUCAGUUCCUAGGGAAGAUGUUCUUGACAUGUUUUAACAGCAACAGCAUUUUUAUCCUUUAAUGUGCCCUUAAAUGCCCUUACCAGAAUUUCCCUUGCCUCUUGUAAUGUGACAUCUUUAUGAUUGAGAACCCAUUUCUUAUUCUCCUUAUGGCCAUACUGUGAUACCAUAAUGCUCUUAAUUGGAACAUUGACUUUUUUUUUGCAAUUUAAACAAUUGAGAUAAAAUUCAUAUAACAUCAAAUUUGCCUUUUACUUUUUUUUUUUCUUUUGGAGACCAAGUCUCGCUGUUGUCUCCCAGGCUGGAGUGCAGUGGCACGAUCUCGGCUCACUGUGACCUCCGCCUCCCAGGUUCAAGCAAUUCUCCUUCCUCAGCCUCCUGAGUAGCUGGGACUACAGGCAUGCACCACCAUGCCUGGCUAAUUUUUGUAUUUUUAGUAGAGAUAGGGGUUUCACCAUGUUAGCCAGGAUGGUCUCAAUCUCCUGACCUGGUGAUCCACCCGCCUCGGCCUCCCAAAGUGUUGGGAUUAUAGGCGUGAGCCACCAAGCCUGGCCUCAAAUUUGCCAUUUUAAAGUGUACAAUUCAGUGGUUUUUAGUUUAUCCACUAUGUUGUGCAAGCAUCACUGCUGUCUAAUUCCAGAGCAUUUCUGUCACCCCAAAAAGAAACUCCAUGCCUAUUAGCAGUCACUCCCAAUUCUUCCCUUCCUCGGCCCCUGGAAAUCAGUAAUGUACUUUCUGUGAUUUUGCCUGUUUUGGACAUUUCCUUUAAAUGGAAUUAUGCAAUAAUUUGUGGCCUUUUGUGUUUGGCUUUCACUUAGCAUCAUGUUCUCAAGGCUUAUCCAUGUUGUGGCAUGUAUCAGUACUCCAUUCCUUUUUAUGACUAAAUGAUGUUUCAUUGUAUGAGUGUGUACCACAUUUUAUUUAUCCAUUCAGCAAUUAAUGGACAGGAACAAUGGCUUUUAAGUAUUAAAUUGUAAGUUAAACAUUAAAUGUAUCCACAGUUAUUGAUAAUGUCAAGAUUAUACAUGGUGUGAACAGAAUGCUGUGUAGAAAUGGUAUGUAAAUUAUUUGUCAGCAUUUCAUGUAAGUGAUUAUUUUCUAAGGACCCUCCUAGGCCUGGUUUUAAGAAAUAUGUGAAUGUAGUAUUUUCAUCAAUAAAGUUUAAUGCAUUAAGCAUUAGCUUAAAAUUUGAAUGAAGGCAGAUGUGAAGAUAUUUGCCACAUGUUGUAAUAAUCAUGUUUUGAAAUUAUUUCAAUAUGAAGUAUUUGAAAAAUGUCAAUACAUAAAGGAAAGGAAAUGAGUAUAAUUAAGUCAAUAUAUUUUUAAAGCAAUUUUUAUAAUUUAGCAGACACUGCAUCUUAAUAUAAGUUACUAUUAAAAUUGUGUCCUUGUGAAAAAUGUGAUGUCAUUUUUCUUUUUUUGUUGAUCAUGUAAAAUAGGUUACUUUUCUUUGCUACAUUUGCUGUUUACUUUUGAUAAGCUAUUGCUUGCCCUUGUGGAAUAUUUUACUUGUUGCUCCAUUUUUUUCUCCCUACCCACACCCCUCUCUCCCACACGCACAUGAUGUUCAAUUUUUUUUUUUAAGUCAUCAUUAGUGUGCUUAUCUUUAAUGGUUUCUAAGAAUGGACAAAAAGAAACACACAAAUAUUUCAUCCUUUUCUGGGGACUCAAGUCUUUGUUACUGAUGGAACUCAUUAACUUCUCGUUCUUUCUUAAAUCUUCCUCCCUCCUUACCUUUUCCUCUCCUUCCUUCUCCCCUUCUUCCUUUCUUCCCCCCUCCCUCCCUCCCUCCCUUCUUCUUUCAUUCUCCUUCUCUCCUUUUCCCUUCCUUUUCUCCUACCUCCUUUGACUAACCCCCCCUCCCCUACUCCCUCCUUUCCUUCCUUCCUUCCUUCCUUCCUUCUUCUCUAUCAAUAUAAUCACUUUGUUUCUUUCAGGUGAGAUUGGAGUGGAACUGUUCAGCUGAGACCAGAAAUUUAUUUUCCUGAGUAAAUUGCCAAGAAUUAAGAAUGAAGAGGGCCAUUUGCAUCUUCUUAAAUUAUUCAGUUAUCUGCUUUAUUGCUCCAUGUGGAAAACUUAAAAUUGUUAAGUUGUGCAUUACUGUAUUUUAACUUGUUGCUUAGUUUCUACAUGUUUAUUUUCAGUAAUGGCUGAAAGUGUUAACUGUUCCAUACUUUUAGCACAAUGUGCUGCAUAAGGUUACCUGUGUACAGAGUUUUACUUUAGAUUAACUAAAUAUUGCCUGGGUUCAGUUUUUAUUUCCAUUCUGAAAUGCUUCCUUUUUAUUGUUUGAAACUGAAAAUAAACAAUUGUUGAACCCUUUUGAUUUUACCUCAUUUUAAAACUCAGUUUUAAUUUAUUAUUUGGCUUGUUCUUAAUAUUAGUCACUAAAAGCAGUGGGAGCAUUGUCUUAUGAAAUGCUUAGGAAUCAUUUUAUAUAGUACAUGUGCAACAUUAAACGUGUUUAAAAAAGAAAAAGGUACCAGCGAUCACUUGUCCCUUGCCAUUUUUUCUUGUCAUUAUGUUAGACAAAUCUUGGUGGCGGGGGGAUCAAAACAUAAUUGUUUUAAUUCUACAGCUAUAGGAGCUUUGUAUUGCUGAACUUUCGUCUGGAAAAGUUUCACAGUGACAUUUUUAAAAGAGAAUUUUUUUAUCUACCGAAUUCUACCAGUGUAACCUUUUUUCUAAAUAAACAAUAGUUUUCUCAAA